GGCGGAGCAGCACAGCUUAGCUAGCGUUGCGCAUCGCCAUGGUGGUAAAAGGACAGGGACACGCGACAGUGACGCUGCUGUUCGAUGGAUCCCAUCAUUUAUUCAUGAGACGACAGCGUAAAUACCCACCACAAGGCUUCACUGCCGGUCGGCUUCCACAUCCUGAUUCUCCAGCUCGCUCUCGCUAUAGCUAUCUCUUGCUGCCGCUCUCUACCUGAAAGCUCGCUUCCUAGCUAGCUAGGGUUCGCUUACGGGAGCUGGCUGGCUGGCCGGAGAAUACGAGCGAGCUCCGGGGCGGCGGGAUCUGCUUGCUCGUCGGCCGGGAGCUAAAGGAAUUGGACAAAGGUGGUCAAUUCUUGAAUCAGCCACAGUCUAGCUUGGCGAAGCUAGCGGACGAUCCAUCAAGGUGAGAUGUGCGUCGUCGUCGGAGACCAGUUGAUAUGAUGAGCGGCAAUAACCAGCAGCAGUCGGCGGAGGAGCAGCAUGAGCUAGCGCGGAAGCACGCGGCCGCGGUGGCGACGUCGCGGCAAUGGUCGUCCCAGACGGAGUCGAGGAUCGUGCGCGUGUCCCGGGUCUUCGGCGGCAAGGACCGCCACAGCAAGGUGAAGACCGUCAAGGGACUCCGCGACCGGCGGGUGCGGCUGUCGGUGCCGACGGCGAUCCAGCUCUACGACCUGCAGGACCGCCUGGGCCUUAACCAGCCCAGCAAGGUCGUCGACUGGCUGCUCAACGCCGCCCGCCACGAGAUCGACAAGCUGCCGCCGCUCCAGUUCCCGCCGCAUCAGGUCGACCUCAUGGACCACAUGAUGACCUCCUCCUCCAUGCCGCUCAUGCCGCACGUCGACGACAAGUUUUGCCACUUCGCGGCGGCCGCCGGCGAAGGCGUCAAGCCCGGGGCCGAGGACAUGGGGAGGUUCGGAUACCACCGGUUCAUGGGGCUCAACAGCAACUCCAUGGGUCUUGUCAACGGCGGGAUGCCUUACAACUUCACCGGCAGCGAGUCAUGGAAUAACAACAGCGUGCAGGAGAGUGGCGGCGCAGGCUCGCCGCAGGCCGUCUCGAUCGCUGCGGCGGCUCACCACUCGACGUUCCCGUCGUUACUCUCCUUGGCUCCGAGGUCUCAUCAGCUGGUGUACUAUUCGUCGGAGGCCGAUCAGUUCCCAGUAGACGACCUGGGCUCACAAAACUUGUCCUUGAGCUCGGCGAGAGCUUUCCAUGAUCAGACGGAAAGCUAGCUACUUGGCUCGAAUGCGCUAGAUCGAUAUCCUGCAGAAGAAGGUGUUGGUGCUGAUCAAUCGCUGGUAUACUUUGCAACUCUUCCAUCCACAGGAGUAGGACUUAAUAAUGCUCUCCCAAAGCACAAAGGUAGGUUGAACAAGUGUGUGCAUUGGGUUUUUCAAGCAUACUAUUUUCUAUGAGGCAAGCUUACAAUUUGCUGGUUCAGAAAAUGUUUUAUGCUUGAAAAUAUCCUUAAAUUGGCUUUGAAAGUAGAGCAAAUGCUAGCUGGGCUUGAUGCGUGUGUGUGCAAAACGAAUUUGUUACUUCUUUAUAUAUACAGGGAAGUAAUUGGUGUAUGGCUUUUUGUGUAAUAAUAUUUUGAAAAAUCCGAACAUUAUGUAGCUUUUUUUUAGUGAAACAAUGCAUAUCUGGGUAUUUUGUUGAGUUUA